CUCAUCCACUGUUUUGAGAAGGAGGCGAGGAUAAAGUUUGUCAGGUGACUAGCUGGCUCGGAUAAUUCAUGAAUUUAACAGUCGACAAAAGUAUGAUAUCUAGGUUGCUUGUACCAACAUUAUUGUCCGCAAAAGGUCCUGCACAAUAUACAAUUUCCCCCUGAAUUUGAGACUACUGAAAAGGCUUUGAAUGCAUUAUGCUCGACUCCGUGACUGCGGUGGUGAUGAUUGCGCAAUACAAUGGCAGUAUAUUGCCUACCUCAGUGGAGAACACAUCAGCAACACCAACCUGGGGACCAGAGCCUCACAGAUGUCUGCAGGUCCUAUACGAGGACAUUGGCGAGUUAAGAGUUCGGUUUUGGGACCUCAUGCUGCUCAUUCCCAAUCUAGUUUUCUUCAUGUUCUUGAUGUGGAAACUGCCCUCAGCCAGGGCCAAAAUCACACUCACCUCCAGCCCCAUCUUUAUUACCUUCUACAUUCUGGUGUUUGUGGUGGCAGCGGUGGGAAUCACCCGUGCCAUCGUGUCCAUGACCAUCAGUGCAUCAAGUUCUGCCACCAUCAUUGACAAGGUGCUGUGGGAGAUCAGCCGUUUCUUUCUGCUCACCGUGGAGCUCAGUGUUAUUAUCCUGGGACUGGCUUUUGGCCACCUUGAGAGUCAGUCCAGUAUAAAGCGUGUGCUGGCUAUCACUGCUGUACUGGCACUGGGCUACUCAAUCACACAGGGCACACUGGAGAUCGUGUACCCCGACGAGCACCUGUCCGCCGAGGACUUCAACAUCUACGGCCACGGAGGACGCCAGUUUUGGUUGGCCAGCUCCUGCUGCUUCUUCCUGGUCUACUCUUUGGUUGUCAUCCUUCCCAAAACCCCGGUGAGGGAGAGAAUAUCUCUGCCAUCUAAGAAGAGUUUUUAUGUGUACGCUGCCGUUCUGUCCCUGCUCAAUCUGGUCCAGGGGCUGGGCAGUGCCCUUCUGUGUGCCGGCAUCAUAGAGGGGCUCUGCUGCGUGGAUGUCACCACCUUCAUCUACUUCUCUGUGUUUGCCCCACUCAUCUACGUCACCUUCCUCAAAGGCUUCUUCGGCUCAGAGCCCAAGGUCCUCUUCUCCUACAAGUGCCAGGUGGACGAGCCUGAUGACCAGACGGAUGUCCACCUGCCCCCCGCCUCAGGCCUGGGCCACAAGGAGCAGCUGGAACGGGGCUCCUUCUACCCUGGCACCCAGAUAGAUGGCCUGACUGCUGCAACCAUGGGCACCGGCAUAGCUGCUUACCUGGACAAUGUGGCCUCUGGUCCUUUCGGGCCGGGUAGCAUAAACAGCGACCGCUGGAGAGCCAUCAACGCCUGAGAAGAGAGGAAAUGAGAAGGCAGGAUAGGGGAUGUUGGACUUGUUGAGUGGAGAAGUUGGAGUUUGCUAUGGCUCUCUCUCCCUCUGGAGACACUGAAUUGACUAUCAUUUCAGCCCCUGUCUGUUCUCCAUUUUGGAUCUUGCUGCCUUGUCCAUUCUGGCUCGAACAUGACAUUUUCCCCCUAUACCUGCAGGGGAUAUUUCUACAACUUCAGUCAAGUGUUAUCCCCCCUGUAAAUGAGUGUGUGGCUGACCAAGAUAAGAAGAUAAUGUAAAGGUAAUGUCCGAUACAUUUCCAUCGAAGGAUUACAACUGAGGUAAAGUCCAUUAACUGUGGCCUUGUAUUAGAUUUAUAAUCGUCUUGUAUUGAGUAACUGCCUCGCUCGCUAUAGGCCAGCCCUGUUCUUAUUGCGCUAGGAGCCUUCUCUAAAUUGCAUCACUCAUAAUGAAUCAAGUGUGCUUAAUUAUUUUUUAAAUGUUUGAUAUCAGUUCUUUUUUCCCCACUCUUGUUGAUGAUCGAAAUCCUACAGUGUAACGUCAUGUACAAAUUGAAGACCUGUUUGGCUUGAGUCUACAGGGACUUGGUAUGCCAUGUCAGACAAUUAGCAGUGCAACUGGUAUCUAUGUAACUUGAUGCUGGGGCUGGGAGAGACCCAAAAUGGACGCCAUGUCGCACCCGCAUCGCCUGUACCUAUUUUAUGCUAUUGUUUGCCGUCAGUUUUAUUUAUUUUAGUGACUGCUUGGUUUUAUGUCAAUAGGUAGUUCCAUCAGCUGAUCAUUCCUGGUAUUAAAGGUGCUUAUGACUUAAGUAAAACUUUCCAACCACCAAUCAAAUGAGAUGGAGAAGGCAGGAACAGCACUUGUGGCGAAACAAUGUUUUUUGUGGACAUUUUUAUUUCAAGAAAUAUAUUCAUGCCCAUAUACAUUGGAUUCAACCCAAAAGUGUGUAUUUUUUUAACGACUUAAAAUUAGUUUCACUAUAUGAAAUGAUUGACGAAGUCACCUUAUGGGGUUUCCCUUGUGUUAAUUCCUACUUGUAUGUCUGCUGUGAACUCAAUAGCCCACAACACAUGGCUUGCUGGGAAUCCAAUGCCUGAAAACAAUGUCAUUCCAGUUUGUGUGAAUUACGAUGUCACUUUUUUGAUUUUAGUUUUGUUUAUGCCCCUCUUGAUUUUGUCACUAUAUUCAUUCCCCCAAAGAUUAAUAUUAUGUUUGCUAUGAUAAAUUGUGAAGUGGGUAAAGUUAUUCAUGUGACAUAGCAUCCAGUGGAGGCUAGUGAGGGGAGGAUGGCUCAUCAUAAUGGCUGGAACAGAGUAAAUGGAAUGGCGUCACACACAUGGAAACCAUGUGUUUGAUGUAUUUUAUUCAAGUCAUUACCACAAGCCCGUUCUGCCCAAUUUAAGGUGUCACCAACCUACUGUGAUAGCAUCACUACGUAAUAUAAGAGACAUUUCUUUUUUUCAUAAGCGUAAGCCACCACAAAACAAGUGUUUUAUAUUGUCAUUGUAGUAUUUUAUAUAAGUCUUCUGCUUUGCUCUUCCCAAUACCUGCCCUGCAUCAACAGACUGUUGCUUGCUCUCAAACACUGCCUUAUAUUUCUACAGAAAUGUCGGAAGAGUUGCAUUUGAGGUACAAAAUUAUACUAUACUCAAAUCAUCAUGAAUAAGGUCUCUGGGUGUGGGUUUCAAAUGCAAGUACAGUCAUGUUAAAGAUUGAAUCAAAUAUUUAAGAUGGUAAAUAAAAGAACUUUGAAAAAGAGUGAGGAUACUUGAUGCCAGCAAUUUGUGAACAAUUUAUAGCUCAAUGAUACACUAUUAAAUUAAAAUAAAAGAACAGUGUUGAUGUGUUUCAGCAUUCCAUGAGAGACUAUUAAAAUAUGCUUCCUUUUCAUUCCUA